UAGGAAGAAACACAACAAAACCAAUACAUUUUGGCUUUGAUCUCUUCCUCUUUUAAUAUUUCCCCCUUCUCUUCAAAUCCUAAUUUCUCUUAGAUCAACUGAACUUGUUUUAACUUCAGAAAAUCAUCAUCAUCAUCGUCACCAUGAAGCAACAACUAGGCUGCUGCCUUAAGUUUCUUGAAACUUCAAAACCCUACUUUGCCAUGAUUUCUUUGCAAUUUGGUUAUGCAGGCAUGAAUAUUAUUACCAAAGUGUCGCUUAACCGAGGCAUGAGCCACUAUGUUCUUGUGGUUUAUCGUCAUGCCAUUGCCACUGCUGUCAUAGCUCCUUUUGCUCUAUUUUUUGAGAGGAAAAAACAGCCGAGAAUUACCUUCCCAAUCUUUGUGCAGCUAUUUGUCCUUGGUCUUCUUGGGCCUGUGAUAGACCAGAACUUUUACUAUGCUGGACUGAAAUAUACGUCGCCAACUUUCUCAUGUGCAAUGAGCAACAUGCUACCUGCUAUGACAUUUGUUAUGGCAGUCAUAUUCAGGAUGGAGAUACUAGACAUGAAGAAAAUAAGAUGUCAAGCAAAGCUGGUGGGUACUGUAAUAACAGUCGCCGGAGCAAUGCUCAUGACACUAUACAAAGGACCAAUUUUAGAAAUGUUUUGGUCUAAAUAUAUUCAUCCUCGUAAAUCCUACGUUACUGAUACUAAUGGAACCACUGACAAAGACUGGCUUAAGGGCUCGAUCCUUCUUAUUAUUGCAACUCUUGCAUGGGCUUCGUUGUUUGUUUUGCAAACGAAAGCAUUGAAGACGUACAAGAAUCAUCAGCUGUCCUUAACGACAUUAGUAUGUUUUUUUGGGACUAUUCAAGCAAUUGGUGUGACCUUUGCGAUGGAACAUAAGCCCUCUGCAUGGCAAAUUGGCUGGGACAUGAAUCUGCUUGCUGCUGCUUAUGCUGGGAUUGUGACAUCAAGUAUUUCAUACUAUGUCCAAGGAUUGGUGAUUAAGAAAAAAGGACCAGUUUUUGCAACUGCUUUUAGCCCUUUGAUGAUGAUCGUUGUUGCUGUCAUGGGUUCUUUCAUCUUGGCUGAAAAGAUAUUUCUUGGAGGUGUGUUAGGAGGAGUUUUGAUAGUGAUAGGACUAUAUGCAGUCCUAUGGGGAAAGCAGAAGGAGAGAAUGGAACAAGAUUCUGAUGAAGAAAUGAUUCUUGAUCCUGUGAAGGCUCAUGACAAUUCUAUUCUGAUUACUAAAGAUAUUGAAGCCAAUGAAAUUGAUUUACAAAAAGCUGAAGCUAAUCAUAAUAAGCUUUCUGUAGUGGCCAUUGCCAUGCCAAUUUCUAUGGCAGACCUUCCCACUCAAGAACCCAAACCCUAAUCCAGAGUAAUAAUUUGAUUGGGGUAGGCUUCUUUUUUUUGCUUUGUAUAAUUAUAUGAUAAUAUAUAUGUAAUAAUGUUAAUUUAUGUUAA